GUAGAACCUUAAACCACUACUCGAUAACGUUGGUUAAGGUGUAUAGUGAUAAGUCGUCAUCAUGAUUUUUAUCACUCAGCCACGUCUCGUUCAGUGGUGACCAAACGCAUAUUCGGGAACUUAAUGGUUUCUGUAUUCGUCGACACAUUUUACACGUCAUUAAUACUUUAUCGACGUAUCGUAUCAAUGUAUCAUUCAUAUCUAUUCUGGCCUUACCUUAAAAGAGUUGCAGUCCCGUGCGUGUCUACUUUAAUCUUUAUUAUUUUAUUACACCUCGAAUCUCGACUGCCAAUUGCGAAUAAGGAUCCCUUCAGUCCGUCGCAACGUCCAUGUGUGUGUGUAUUUUAUGCGGGUAUGAAUCAAAUGUAUAAUCACUAUUAAUCAGUAACAUCUUUCGUUUUGCAGUUGGGGGGGUUGUCAGUGGUUGAAUAGAGUAAUAUAGUAAUAUUAUCAUUAUGGUAAUUUCCACACAAUACACAUAACACGUUACUACUUCCUAUUUUGCAAAAUAUUUUUUCCCUGUGAUUCGGUUAAUUUUGGCAUACUGUUUGGAUAUCCAGGGGGGGAUACUCAUCGAUGGUUUAAUAAUAAUAUUAUUGUUUUAUUAUCGUGUUGUCACGUAUAGUCGAACGAAAACAAAAAAACACAAACAAUAGAGCAAUUAUUAUCUUGAAUAUCUUCCGCCCAAUCAAUUAACGCAACACACAAUUCUAAACAAUUUGAAUAAUUAUUCGUCAAUUGGCUAUGCUCAUUCAGUUUUAAUUUUCAUUAUUAUAAUAACGUUUUGUAUAAAAUAAAUAUCCCAAUUUCACCUAUUUCAAUGACAGCAGUCUGCUGGUGAUUUGUGUUUUACUAGUAAAAAUAGUAAAACUAGUUAAAUUUGAGGUUAAACUAUACCUAGUCAAAAUCGUGAAAAUGUCUUUGAACGGCAAAGAAACUUCAUUCACAUCAUCAGACGCCAGUAAUGAGAAAAUCACUGCUGCAAAAAUGCCCUAUAAGAGCUACAGACCUAGGUCUGUGUCUACAUGUUCAACAGAUUCAUGUAGUUCUGCAAGUUUAUCUGAAGAUGAUACUCCAGUUAGGUCUAAAAUACAACAAAAUAGUUCUGGAUUUAGUGAUUUUUGCAUUAAAGAUAUCAGGCUCAAAGACUUUGGAAGGCGUGAAAUUGAAUUUGCUGAACAAGAAAUGCCUGGUUUAAUGUCACUAAGGAAACAGGUGAUGGAAGAUAAGCCAUUACGGGGAGCCAAAAUUAUUGGAUGUACACCUAUCACUGCACCAACUGCUGUAUUAAUUGAAACAUUGGGUUCUCUAGGCGCUGAAUUGAGAUGGAGUGCUUGCAAUAUUUAUUCAACUCAGAAUGAAGUUGGUGCUGCUUUAGCGGAAGCAGGAUUUCCAAUAUUUGCAUGGCGAGGUGAAUCUGUUGAUGAUUUUUGGUGGUGUAUUGAAAAAUGUUUUGAAGGCAAGAAUUGGAAGCCUAACAUGAUUUUAGAUGAUGGAGGAGAUGCAACUAAUUUUUGUCAAGCAAAAUAUCCUAGUAUUUUUAAAAAUUUAAUUGGAAUAGUUGAAGAGAGCACAACUGGCAUUCAUCGAUUAUACAAAUUGUUGAAAGCGGAAAAACUUUUAAUGCCAGCUAUUAAUAUCAAUAACUGUGUGACAAAAACUAAAUUUGAUAACCGUUAUAGUUGUAGGGAAUCUGUGAUUGUAAGCUUAAAAAAAUGUACUGAUUUGAUGUUUGGUGCAAAACAAAUUGUAUUAUGUGGUUAUGGAGAAGUGGGAAAAGGAUGUUGUCAAUCUUUAAAGGGACUUGGUUGUAUAGUUUAUGUCACAGAAAUUGAUCCAAUAUGUGCUUUGCAAGCAUGUAUGGAUGGAUUUAAAGUUGUUAAGCUUAGCGAAGUAAUUCGGCAAGUGGAUAUUGUAAUCACAGCUACUGGUAAUAAAAAUGUAGUUAUUCGAGAACACAUGGAUAAAAUGAAGUCUGGUUGUAUUGUGUGUUGUAUGAGUUAUUGCCAUAAUGAAAUUGAUGUGAAACAAAUAUAAAACGGUGUAUUGGCUUGAUCAUGGACAUCAGAGAAAGAACACUGCUGUACUGUGAAAAUAAAACAAUUUAAGUAGUCAGAAGUUAACGAAUCCACCUAAUGCACUUCAGACAGAUGUCAUGUCGUUUUUAUAUCUACUGUGCAGGAAAAGUAUUGGUUUUUUUUGUUUUUUUUUAUCUCAAUGGCAAAACAUAUGAAUAAUGACUAUAGAAAAUAAUUUUAAGACCAGAUUUUCUUCUAUUAAAUUAAUGUAUUUUCGAUAAUAUAUGACUUAACAUAGGAAGAAAUAAAUAUAUUUUUUAAAUUCUUUCCAUUUGUUAUAUUUAAUAACAAAAUAUCAACGAAUGUAGCAUUUAGUGGUAUUUAGUUCACAAGUAUAAUAAUAUUGGUAGUAAAUACUAUUAAAGAUAAUAAUAUACUGGUUAGAGGUUAUCGACUACUGAUUAAGUAAAAUAUCAAACAACUAAAAAUAUAUAAUUUUUAGCUUGCAUAGUUACAAAUACUAUAUUCAACAAAACAGGAAACUUAAUGGUAAUGGCUAGUGACACAGCGAUUAAGUCGUUGCCUUUACAAAAUACUACUUAAAUAUAGCAUUUUGUAUACGGCGAUGAAUAGGUAACCACUAGUAAAAUUAAGCGCCACAGACAACCGUGUCUCCGAAAAAUUAUAUAAGGUUCCUGUAUUGUCGUAUAUAAUAUUUGAUAGACAUUAAACUUACCCUAUAGGUACUACUAGAUGGGGCAUCCGGACAGGGCUUUGUUGGGUGGUGUAGUCUCGUGAUAGAGAGUUUGAAGUUAUAUUAUAAUACAGAUAAUUGUAAUUAAAAUUAUUUUAAUAUCGAAAAAUGUUGUACGCAUGUGCUGUGUCACAUCAAGAGCAGUGCUCUGUCUAGUAAUACAUAUUAAUAUAUGGUAACGCUCCAAACCUAUGAUUAUUGAUAUAUAUGUAUAAAUUCAGAGUGAUUGACAAUCGACCAACAAUAAUGAUAUAAAGUAAUAAUUUAAUGUAAUUUUUAAUUUAUAAUUUCAUUUCAAAAAUCUAACUAUAGUGAAUAUUGACAAUAUUAAUAAUAUUGAUACAACUAAAUUGAAAAGACUUUAUUAGGAUUUGGUGUGAAAUCCGUUAGGUUAGGUUAGGUUAGGCUGUCCAGAAAUGUACGUUCAUGGUUUAAAUAUACAAGGUUAUUCCAUAUAUUGUUAUCAAACAAAAUUAAAUGGAAGCGUAAGGAUCCAUGGCUUAAGUAUAGGUCAUCCCCUUACGCUACCAUUUUAAUUCCUUAACGUGAUAAAAUGAUAUAGUGGGGUAUUAUUGCAAUAACAUGGUAUAUUUGGUUUAUUUAUUUGAACGCGCGACACACAGAGCUAUGUGCCUAGAUGUUUCAUAAACGUACCUACUUAAAAAUGUAAUGUUUUUGAAAAUAUAAAAAGAAAUUAUGCUUGCCAACAACAGUUAACACGUUUAGAGUAUCUUCGAAAUAUUGCUCACAAUUUAGCAUAUAUUAUAUUAUGUAACUAUAUAAUCUAGAAGCUAAAACCAUAUUUUUUUUUUACGAAUAUAUUUUAUAAUUAUUAUAAAUAUUGUUUUAACAAUAUUAUUAACGUUGUCAAUAUUCUCUUUGGGUAGAUAUUUAAAAUAAGAAUAUAAAUUAUUUUAAAUUAGUACUUUAUAUAUUAAUGUCAGAUAAUUAUUCUGUUAACAUUUUGACCACAAAUUAAAAUAUAUUGGAUGACCAACGAUACAUGAUUAAGACUUUAAGAGAUCCUAAACUGAUUUCCUAGUGUAAAGGUGUACUAGAGCUCCAGGGGAAAUAAAUAUAUACUAAAUGUCUAAAUACUAUUAGAUUGACUAUUUUAAAAUAUAUAUAAUAUUUUAAUAUCAUGUAAUGAUUUUUUUAAAGCAUUUAAGCAUUUAGAAAUUUAUUUAACUUGUGGUAUUUACAGAUUUGGCGGUAAAUUAUUUUGUAAAAGUUGCCACUAAUAUGAUAACAAGCGUUAGAUGUUCUUUGCAACAGCUGAUCUGGCAAGUAAAAUUGGGUUCCAUAAAAAUAGUUAUUUAUGUAGGUGGUUGGGUAUGCAGUAUAUUUCAAUUCGUAAUUUUGGCUAUUGGUCGAUUGAGAUCCAGAAUAAAAAAAUCAAAGUGGAUUGAUAAGAGGUGUAAACACUUUCACCCACUCGCCUGUGGUAAAAAGUGAUCAAAAAUAUUACUGCAGUUAAAUACUCCGCUAGGUUUGCUGCCUAUCCAAUAGAAGAUAUUAAGAAAUGUUAGUAUUUGUGUGGAUCUAAAUGGUAAUUUUAUUUAAAUUAUUCAAGUUUUCAACAUUCUUUUGUAAAAAUAACUUUUAAGAUGAUAUUCGUAUCAGGAGUAUAGGACUAUAAAUUAUGAUAUAUAUUUAUAAAUAAUACAUAUAAAAUUUAAUAACAUAAAAAGUAAUAUUAAUUAAAAUAUUAUAAUUAUUUUUGAUAUUCAUUAUUUAUAAAUAAUUUAAGAUUUUAUUACAUUGUUCAAAAGAACAUAAAACUCGCAUCAUUUUUAUUUAAACCCCUAUUUGCUCUUGAAAUUGUUUUAUUCCAAACAUCAAUAUUAUUCUACAAUUUUAGCCAUGUUUAAGUAUUUAAUAUUAAACUAAAAACAUACCUCAGUUGGAUAAAAAAUAGAUGUAUGAUGGAUACUUUUUACCUUCAUUCAAUAAAGAUUAUCAGUCAUUUAUCUAACCUGUACCACACCUAACAACAAAGUAUAUAUUUUAGGCAUUUUAUAAUAUUUUUAUAUAACAUGUAUUUUUUUAAAACAAUAAAAAUAAUAAAAAUUUAAUUUUAGUCCAGUGUCACAAUAUUUCAUUAAUAACUUUCUCGUUCAUACAAAUUAAUUA